CAUGAACUAUCAAUGAUCAACAUUUUAUCUCUUCAGCCUUACAAGAAAUUUUGUAAAACACCGACAGCUGCCAAAACCUGCUCGCAAACCAUCGAAUGGGGCUUUCAUUCCCAAGACUCUAUUCUAUCAUGGAAAUUUGAAUCCUGUUAAAAACUCAAAUUUCCUUCCGAGUACAUGAACAUGGUGAUAACCGGCAUUCAGAUGGCAAACAACAUGAUGAGAAUUGCAAUAGCAGGCUCAGGCGGCUUGGCCCAGAUCAUCGCUCAUGAGAUCAGCAAGACUGUACAUCCAUUCAUUAUCUUAUCGAGACAGGGUCAACCAAAUCUAGAAGCACACGGCUAUCAAGUGGCAUUAGUCAAUUACGAUGACCAGGAUGAUCUUCGCUUUAAUCUUCGAGGAAUAGAUGUAGUCAUUUCCACGGUAUCUGGGAACCCUCAAAUCAACCUCAUUGAUGCUGCCGCGCAUUCCCGUGUUCAGCGUUUUAUCCCUGCAGAAUACAAAGAUAAGCUAGGCGGGCGACCAACGAACGACCCAUCAGACCGUGGAAGGGCUGCAAGCAUUGAAAGGCUUCGACAUUGGGCUCACCACCCCCGUCAUCGAAUGCAAUAUACUGUUUUUGCAUGUGGAGUUUUCUAUGAACGAUUCGCUCCAGGAGGCCUAGCUUCAAUGAGCAUCAGCACUUCAACUGCACUCGGCUAUCAAGGUUCUUAUCUCAUGAAUAUGGAGACAAACACAGCAGAAAUAGCGGAAUAUAAUAUUAUGGGCCAGGCCAUUUCAGUAUCAAUGACAUCUGUAAAUGAUGUUGCACAGUUCAUCGCAGCAGCUCUGUACUUAGAUCAACGGACAUGGCCGAUAGAGUUCAGGAUGCAGGGAGAUCAGAAGACUGUAACUGAAAUUGUGCAGUAUGCCGAAGCUAUCAAAGGACAGCCAUUUACAACAACAGUGAUUGCAGCUCCGGAGCUAGCGGCAAAUAUCCAGGAAGCAGCUUAUUACCAAGACCAUGCUAAAGUUGGCCGCUUACAGGAGCUGUCUGUUACUGAGGAGAGAAGAUACGACUUCUCGCAGAUCAAUCUGAAUUCAUUGGUCAACAUCCAGCCAGUCUCAUUUUGGGACUGGCUACGAACCCACUGGACACCUCGGUGAACUUACACUAGCUUGUCAUCAAGGACUUAUAUACAACAUCAAGAUCCCAAGGACUCCAGCCUCAGAAAUGAGAUUGUAUGGCCCGAUAUGUAGGAUAGUUACUGCAUGGGUUUUUCACUCAAUCUUGCAGUACUGGAGCUAACUGGAUAUAAACUAUUAAGGUAGAGGGAGUGGAUGCGAGAUCACUUGGACCGAAGAAGUAGGCAAGAUCAUCGCAAGCGAGGAUUGUGCACCGAUUCACAAUUGUUAUAGACUUAUUUCCUUCAUUCUUAUUUGCUCAAGUUGUAUUUUAGACGUGUUACUCAUCUAGACAAAUAUUCUCUUGUUGAAUGUGACGAAUAUGA